CAAGCCUUGUUCCGUACCCGAUUUGUUCGAUAUAUCAAAAGUACGCACUGAAUGAAUCCUGCGCCGACAGCAUCGGAAAUUGGUUCCAGUUGUCUUUCUGAAUCAUGCGCUGGUUCAUCACUCCGGCAUAUUACGACAAACUUGAGCAGAGCGAGACGAUACUCGAUGAUACACCACCAAGAACUACAAACAGUACCGACAGGGCUUGGCGGAUUCGCUUCCUACUUUGGUCGACACUCACCAGCUUAUCGAUCUUACUGAAUGUUCUUCUGCUUGGGUUUGCCUGGCUUUGGACGGAUACAUGCAACGUGUAUACAGGUGGUUACCGCAAUGUCUCGAUGAAUGCAAAUUUCAAAGCAGCAUCGGCGUACUCUCCGAUUUUUGAUAAGGUCGACAUGCAAGUGGGUCUCACGACUGUCAACGGCGCAAUGCACGACAACACUUCCAUCUGGCGAAUGCCACCAUCACGCGAGGUCGAUGCAGCGUGGGACAGCUUGACAAGGGGAGGCCUCGAAAUUAUCACUGUGUCAGCAGCCGAUAUCGAGCUCUCUGGCAAAGAUCCGGCUCUCAGCGUCAAAGCGCCGCCUUCCUGGGAUCAAGGACCAGAUGCAUAUUUCGCUCAGAUCGACAUCUUCCACAUCUUGCAUUGUCUAGAUGGAAUCAGGAAAGAGAUGUGGUCCGAGUAUUACUAUGACGAUCCAUCGGAUGCCAUCCGUCGCGAGCUCAAGGCACAUUGCCUGCACGCAAUCCUGCAGAAUCUCCUGUGCACAGCUGACGUAGGCAUCGUACAAUACAACUGGAUGCAUGACGACAGAUAUCCAGAGUCAAGAACAAUACCUGUCCCGGACUACAAUCUGGUCAAGCAAUGCCGCAAUUUCGAUGCGUUGCUCGAAUGGACUAUUGACCGAAGCGUGCCUGGUUGGCAGAGCAAAUGGAGCGAGCUGCAAGUUCCCGAGGAUGCUGUAGUGUUACCGGGCGACAUCAUCUUGUAGACAGCGAAUGCUAGACGCUUGUUACGAGGAAGGUUGUAACAUAUACUGUGUAGGGGGUUGCAGCUGUAGCGUAAUGAAAGACUCAGCGCUCGAUCAGAGACUCGGCUCGGUGUUUCUGUGCGAAGUCAUCGUGGAUACCUUAACGACGUUCGCAAUUCUAGUGAGAUGACCGUAUUCAACGUCCGCGGCCUGUAUCGAAUGCUCAUGCCAUGCUCAAUUGAAUAGCAAUCUAUGCCGUACUUGCUUUAUCGUGAAAUUAGGGUCCCUUUUAUAUUAAUUCAGGUCAUAGGAUGUUGUUGAUUUUCUGGAAAUCACGAUAAUAGUAGUUGGGCUCGAACUAUCGUUUCUUUCUUAUUUACUCAAUCACGAAGUGUCGUAGGUUUUUUCACACAAAACCGAUAUAGCUGCCCGCUCUGGCGACGAGCAUUUGAAUGCGCG